AUGUCGGACUCAUCUGUCAAUGGCGACCUUCUGGCUCCGGCCAGACCCUCGAGCUCUCCCAACUCGAAACGGAAAGCCAGCGACGCCGGCCUGCCCGCUACUGGCACCAGGACCCACAAGAGUGUCAAGAGACGUGCUUCAAAGGCCUGUCAGUCAUGCAGAGCUCGCAAAGUACGCUGCAAUGUCGUCGAGCAGAGUCCUUGCACCAAUUGCAGACUCGACGAGGUCGAGUGUAUAGUCUCAGAGAGCAAGCGCAAGAAGNNAAAUGGACAAAGGCAGAUGAAGAGGGACAGGCAGAAGGAGGCUGCUCUCCUCCCGUUCCUCCCUCGAUACAACAUUCCAGUCUUAACUUUGACUCACCGGGGCACCUGCCUCAUUCGCUUUGUUCACCAAGAUCUCGACCCUCAAACUUUCGACUCUGCCCGCCGCCAGAGUCUAGCAAGAUCAAUCUCUAUACCUCACGACCCGACAGACAGCAUCUCUCUAUCAGGUGUUGACCCCAACGCUCUGUUUGGCCUGCAAACUCGUACUCCCCCACCUCCCCAUCAGGCACUCCCGGCCUUUAUCAGAACCCUUCCUUCUACUUUUGGUCCGGAUGAUCUCGCGUAUCUGGGCAAGAAGGGGGCACUUACAUUACCACCACCCGCCUUGCGUGCUGCUCUACUGCGAUGCUUCGUAGAAAACAUCCACCCGUAUAUGCCGCUACUGGACAUCCAUGAACUCAUUAAUACUGUGGACAACAAUGAUUCCACUACCGCUGUCAGUCUUCUGUUGUUCCAGGCCAUCAUGUUCGCAGGCGUGGCUUCGGUCGACAUGGCGUAUUUACAAACUGCUGGCUACACCAAUAGAAGAGCCGCCAGACGCGACUUCUUCCAGAAGACUAGACUUUUGUAUGAUUUUGACUAUGAAGCUGAUCGAAUCUCCCUGAUUCAAUCUCUGCUUCUCAUGACUUUCUGGUAUGAAACACCGGAUGAUCAANAAGAUAGCCAUCACUGGAUGGGUAUUGCUGUGUCUCUCUCACACACUAUCGGUCUUCACCGCAAUCCGGAACGCUCCAACAUGAACCUCAAACAAAAACGUCUCUGGAAGCGCAUCUGGUGGGCAACCUACAUGCGUGACCGCCUCAUUGCCCUGGGAAUGCGCCGUCCAACAAGGAUAAAGAAUGAGGACUUCGACGUACCCAUGUUGACGUUAGACGACUUCGACUUCUCUGUUUUGUCCAGCCAAUCAUCUUGCAUUCCGCCUAGCUGCAAAAUUAUGCAGGAUACAUCCAUGCAAAGGGAACUGGCCAUCAUGUGCAUCGAGAAGGCCAAGCUGUGUAUUUGCAUUAGUCACGUCUUGUCUACGCAAUAUUCUGUCUUGCACAACAAUCAUGGCGUUCAAAGUCAUGAAGGAACUACGCGUACCACCAUGAUGCUUGUAGCACGUAAGGACGAUCCAGAAAAGUGCUCUGUUAAGGCAUGCGACGAGGAGCUUAAACAGUGGAAAGCAUCAAUUGCACCCGAAGCCAAGUACAAACCCUCGUCGUUGUUCGACCUUACAGCUGGCAAAGGAAUAAUCGCACUUCAUCGCUCACUUUUGCACAUGAUCUACCUGGCUACCUUGUCGGCUCUGCAUAGACCCCAAGUGCUCCCAUCAACAGCCGCACCGUCUCGAAAGAUGGCUUCCGAAGUUCUAGAUACCUCUAGAAGGACCGUCAGAUUUGCAGCUAAUAGACUCACUGCGGUAGCUCAGAACUUGAACGAGCUUGAUCUUAUCCGCUGCUUGCCUACCUCUGGUAUUACUGUUUUAUUACCGGCUAUUAUUAUCCAUCUCCUCGAUAUCAAAGCACCAGAUGAGACAACUCGCCGUGCAAGUCUGCAAGGGUUCUGUCAAUGCAUGCAGAUUCUCAACAAGCUCCGCGACAUCUACGCCGCAGCAGACUAUUCGACCGCGUUUUUGGAAGCAGCAAUCCGCAAAGCAGAAAUCACGCUUCCAUCCAAGAUGGGCCCACCACCGCGACCAUCGCAAGUUGCCAACAUGUCCAACGUCAUGAAAGCGGCAAGAACAGGACUUGCAAAUGUCAGUCGUCUCACACCACCACCAGAGCUUGCUGCCAGCACAAACAACGACCAACGAUCGCAAUCUCGCCAGCAGCAACCCGAUCAGAAUGAACCGCAAGUCUCAGAGAAUGACUUGGCUCAACACCUCAACAACUUCCUUGCCUCUACACCUCCAGGUUCCGAGCACACGACCGACAGCCAGAUUGAUGAUACCACAGCAGCCGCCUUCAACAUUCCCGCUCUGGAUGCUGAUUUCGAUACCCUGAUCAAUCUAGAUGCGGCUGGAGAGUCGUUCACUUUCGACGAUGGCACUUUCCCCACUAUGCCUGCUUUCGACUCUACUGAUGAUGGGUUCAUGGACAUGGACUGGAUGAAGCACAUGAACAAUAAUGAUGAUAUUUCUUUUGGCAUUUAAGCGACAUGGGAUCAUAGACGGCAUACAGUACGGCUUUCUCGUUUUGGUUUU